UGUUUUCUCAAACUCUCAUAUAAAGUCAAAACUCAAAAUAUAAUCGUGUUUCAUCGCAACAAAGUAGGUGUGGAUGAACACUUACUUUGCUUCUGUCGACUCCACGAAAGCUUUUCUAUUUACCCUGAUUCCGCUUCCCAUGGCCACCGUUAAGAAGAUAGUUCGCGUAGCGGCUUCUCAGAUGACAUCUGUCAAUGAUCUGAUGGUCAAUUUCAACACCUGCUCUUGUCUCGUACAAGAAGCAGCAACAGCCGGAGCAAAGCUGAUUUGAAUCCCUGAGAACUUCUCCUAUAUGGGAGAGAAAUCAGGAGACAGCGUAAAAAUCUCCGAAGCAUUAGACGGGCCAGUGAUGCAACGGUAUUGCUCUCUCGCCAGGUUUGGUGUUGAUGUUCCUGGUGGAAGCUCGUACAAAGAAAGCGGCUUUACGGUUCCACGGACAAAUAUUGUUUCUGUAGAUAGUCCUAUUGGGCGCUUAGGCCUUACUGUAUGCUACGAUUUGAGGUUUCCUAAGAUUUAUCAGCAACUGAGAUUCGACCAGAACGCUCAGGUAGAACACUUGAAGUUUGUAUCGAUAACAUUUCGGACAAAUAUUGUUUCUGUAGAUAGUCCUAUUGGGCGCUUAGGCCUUACUGUUUUACUUGUACCGUCAGCUUUCACAACUGUCACUGGGGAGGCACACUGGGAGAUUCUUCUUCGAGCCCGAGCGUUGAAACACAAUGUUAUGUAUGUCAUAGCUGAUGUUCAAGCUGGAAAACAUAAUGAGAAAAGAGAAAAUCGGUUUUCGACUGGCAUUGUCGUUGCAGAUAUUGAUUUUUCACUGCUUGAUUCGGUGAGAACAAAAAUGCCUAUUGAUAAGCAACGAGUGUCGAUAGAUCUCUGAAGAACCCUGAUAGGACUCAUACGAGUGUAUGUAAGGAGACAUUCUGCAAGGAAACAAGGUGAAGAAGAUUAUUAAGACCUUACAUACAUAAGAACUGUAAGUAGAUUAGGAGUUGAUUUUAAGAAGCUCGUAUUUAAAAUCUCCAAAACCGCCAUUAUAUUCUCUGACACAUAAAAGUUUUGUAUCUUGCUUAUGCCCAUGAAUUUGAAGAUCUAUCCUAUUUGGUACAUUAAGAGUUUAAGACUAUCACUCUAGUGAACUCAAGAGGGAAGUAAUAGUAAUACAUAGCUACUGAAAAAUGGACAAUCAGUGAUUGUUAAAGUCAAUAUAAAGUAUAUGUUUACAAGUUUCUCAAAAACUUUGGAAAACGAAAAUUGCACAAU